GGGCAGAGAAAGUGUCGGAGACCGGGACCUCAAAGGCUAUUUUGAAAAUUGAACCCAUCUCUCUCUCUCUCUCUCUCUCUCUCUCUCUCUCUCUCUCUCUCUCUCUCUCUCUCUCUCUCUCUCUCUCUCUCUCUCUUUCUCUCUCUUUCUCUCUCUCUCUGUCUCUCUCUCUCUCUCUCUCUCACACACUCACACACACACAGCUGCUCAGAAUCAUGACUGAAGAUGACGGAGACGGUCGUCGCAGAAGGACAAGUCAAGUUUAGGGAUGGAAAAAAGUGGAAGAGUCGCUGGGUUGUUCUUCAGAAGCCCUCUCCCGUUGCAGACUGCCUGACUUUGCUGGUGUGUAAAGAGAAGAAGAAAGGGAAAAUCUUGGGACACAAAGACAGGCUGAACAUCACGCUGGAGGGCAUUUGUGGGGUGGAGCCAGGCGCUGGCUAUGACGGUGUUUCCUACACACUCUCCAUCCUCUGUCUGGCUCACACACUGGUCCUGGGCUUCAGCAGCCGAGACGCUCUGCUUGCCUGGGACACCCGGAUCCGCUACAGUCUGGGCGAAGUCCACCGGUUCAGCGUUGGCGUCGAACCAGGCACCAAACUGGAAAGUGGCCCCGCCUCCCUCCACCUGUGCAACAACCUGUUGGUCCUGACCCGGAGCCUCCCUCCCGUCGUGAUCGGGAGCUGGAAGUUGUCGGCGCUGCGCCGAUACGGAGCCGUGCCGAAUGGCUUCGUGUUUGAGGGGGGGACUCGCUGCGGUUUGUGGGCUGGGGUUUACUUCCUGUCCUGCUCAGAAGGAGAGCAGAUCAGUUUCCUGAUUGACUGCGUUGUGGGCGGGGUCUCCUCCAGCAGCACCCUGUGUGGCCUUCGACCCAGCCAGCCAGGAGGUCCUGAUGCGUCGGCAGAAGAACGGAUCAGCCAGGAGACCACAGAGCUGGAGAAAAGACUCAGCUUGUUGUCUAGCUGCAGCCUGGCGAGCAUCUCGGCCUCCACCUACAGCUGCAGCACCUCUGUUGCCGAGGACAACCGCAGCAUCUCCAGCUCCUCGUCCAGCCAGUCCAACUCCAGCUUUGGGAGCAGAUUUCCGUUUUGGGUGGAGCCGUCGGCCAGCCUUCGCCCCUCCAUGGAGACGGCGGCCAGCUCCUCCGCCCUGAAGGCUCUGACCCGAUCAGACGACCGGCUCUAUGGUUCUGUGAUGGGCGGCUCCAGGAGUCGCCCGUCCUCCGCCCAGCUCCUUCCUCGAGGCCUCCAUGACAGCGGGAGGCAGAGCUCACUGGACAGUGGGAUCGGGAUCGCUACGGGCAGCCAGUCGUCUCACUCUGGGAGUUAUUCUUCCUGCACUGGGAGUCUGGACAUGGCCACUCCGGGAGGACGGGAGGGUUUUGGCUCAGUGGUCAGUCUGGCUGCUCCUCCUGACCUUCCCUGUUCACCUCCCUCUGCUCCCCCUCGGAGCCCCCCGUCAUCACCUGUAUCCUCCUCACAGCCCCACCCUUCCAGAGGUGCUUCCCGAGCAUCUAGUAGACACAGCCAGGAGUACCAGAUCCCCAGCCUGCUCCGACGGUGGUAUGACACUCCCAGGAGCCUUCUUCAGGCCCUGUCCCUCAGGGGACCGUCUCCUCGGGGAGCCCCGUCCGAUCCGAGCAGCAGACCCAGAGGAGGUGGUCAGGAACAGAUGAUCUGCAGGGGAGUGAAGGCUGAACAUCUGGGAGCAAUACAGCGCUCUCUCUCCUGGGGCAGUGAGAAGACUCCCUCUGGGGACGCUGACCAGAUGUCCACACCCAGACCCGACCCAGUCCCUGGAAGCCCCGCCUACAAACAAACACAGGUUCAAACCUUGUUCUUCACAAACUUUCCUCCCAACUCCACUGCAUCGACACCAGCAGGUCCUAAAUGCUGCGAAAAGGAGAAACUUGAGGAUGUUUGUGAACUAAAAGCUCUGAGGAUGCUCCUCUCUCCUCCUCCGCCGUGCGCCCCCGGGCCAACUUCAGCCUGUGCCAAGUUAGCGCCGCCCCAGGAAGCUGGUCCGUUUCCGCCCUCUGGGCCUCGUGUCGAUUAUGAGAACAUCCCAAAAGCUUCAGAGAGGAAGCUGCACAGGCACGACUCCGCUCCGACGCCCAGCUGCUCUCACGGAGGAUCCCUGCAGCUCCGCAAACCCACAGAAGAUGCCAUCAGGUACGCCCACCUCGACAUGGCUGCCAUGGUAACAGCGCAGAGAGUGUGGGCGGAGCCUGUUGGGGGCAGGAAGGACAGGCGGCCACUGAGCUGACCCUGCAACAGCUGACUUCAGAGUGUACUCAUGGACACGCCCCCCACCAUGAAUCCAUUCCACUUUCAGAAGAUUUGGUGUUUCAGUGACACUUACGCCGCCGUGCCAUCAUUCCACAUCAGAGCUCUGGUGUAAACAUGGCGGCUCAAGCAGGAUGUUUCUGGUCGCCAAGGUGACGGCGACUGAUGAAUGCAAAUGUUAGACUUUCACACUCCAGUUCUGACAUCUUGGAACAGAGGAGGUCCAUGGUCCCGGGAGGAAACAUCAUCUACUUUAUCGAACCUAGCUGCCGUCCGGUCGCCUCUUCCUGCUCAUUAAGUUUGUGAUUAAAGUCUUUUAUAAUGAA